CGCGCAUUGAGCGCUCAGCGCAUCAAUCCCGCUAUAAAACUCCUAUCCUUGAGCUGAGACUGUGUGGUCUGGCUUCAGAAGGUCUCCACCCGAGAGUAUGGCGGUUGAGGAUCCUGGAAGAUGCAGAAUAGCUAUUCUGAAAUGCAGCAGCGUCCUAAGGAUCCCCAAAUGACGCUCGGAGGGGACGCGUGAUGCCUUAUAUGCUCGUCUUGAAGGGACGCGAGGCGCUUUUUAUAACCUAAAAUGUACGCAAAUACAUCGGGCAGGCUUUUAAAAUAUUAUUUCUUCAAGCAGCUGUUGGGUUCCGGCUAUUCUAGGUGGUUAGAGAUGCCAUGAAGUCCGCGCAGUGGCUCUUUGUGCGUCUCUGUUAUUUGUCUCUAUGGUGAGUGUCGCAAUACAGCCAUGGCUCCGCGUCUGCUCGACUUCUGCAAUAUUCAAGGCAAGUUUCCCGUCGCAUCUGAUCGGGUUGGACACUGUUAGCUGGUUCCAUUACGCGCGUCACGUCGGGUUCGGAUCCGUGCGCAAUGCGCGAAUAUAAGGUGGUGGUGCUCGGCAGCGGAGGGGUCGGGAAAUCCGCUCUCACGGUCCAGUUCGUGACCGGGACCUUCAUCGAGAAGUACGACCCGACUAUCGAAGACUUCUACCGCAAGGAGAUCGAGGUGGAUUCGUCGCCGUCGGUGCUGGAGAUCCUGGACACGGCCGGCACGGAACAGUUCGCGUCCAUGCGGGAUCUCUACAUCAAGAACGGCCAGGGCUUCAUCCUGGUCUACAGCCUGGUCAACCAGCAGAGCUUCCAAGAUAUAAAGCCCAUGAGAGAUCAGAUCAUCAGGGUGAAGAGGUACGAGCGUGUGCCCGUGAUACUUGUGGGAAACAAGGUGGACCUGGACAAUGAGCGCGAGGUUUCAUCAAGUGAGGGUCAAGCUCUAGCUGAAGAAUGGGGCUGCCCGUUCAUGGAGACAUCGGCCAAGAGCAAAACCAUGGUGGACGAACUGUUCUCGGAGAUAGUCAGGCAGAUGGACUAUGCCUCUCAGCCGGAUAAGGAAGACCCGUGCUGCUCCUCCUGCAAUAUACAAUAACCCCACAAUCAGGAGCCACAUAAGGUUUUCAAAGGGGUACAACAUGGAGCUCUUCACUAAUGUGGUGUUCAUACACGUCAUGCACACAUGAAUGGCGUCUACACACUAGACAAUCCUGCAAAUUCAUUGAUUUCAACGGGAAAGAUGCAUCGCGAAGACAUACCCAGCUAACAGGGAACAUUCUCAGAAUGUUCUG